GUAACUAAUGACGACCCUGUAGUCUGGGCAUCGGGAACAGUGGUCGGACACCAUUCAUCACCUUGCAGCCAACAUUGAUGAGAGCAAAAAUAUAAGUCUAGAUAGCUUUUAAACGAACAUGUAGAAUCGAUGAAAUAAUACGGGUAACCUUUCACAUACAGGUUCAAAGGCAUCUGUGAUGGGUAUCUAACAAUAACUCUGCUCAGGAUUUGUCCCUCCUCAAGCUGAUCAAUAUGUGAUAUUGAAGACCAGACAUACUGCACUAAGUUUCUGAUCAUAUCAGCAGCCUUUCUGGGUUUGAUCUUGAAGUGGGCUUUUCUGUUUACAAAUGGAGAAUGGAGACUGGGGCCAUAGGAUGACUAACCCAGUGACCUUGAAUGUGGGUGGCCACCUGUACACCACCUCCCUAUCAACCCUGCAGCGGUACCCAGACUCCAUGCUGGGCGCCAUGUUCCGUGGGGAUUUUCCCACAACGCGGGACGCCCAGGGAAACUACUUCAUCGACCGCGAUGGGACGCUCUUCCGGUACGUGCUGAACUUCCUACGUACGUCCGAGCUCACACUCCCUGUGGACUUCACUGAAACUGACCUCCUGAGGAAGGAGGCGGAUUUCUACUUGAUCGAACCGUUGAUCCAUUGCCUCAAUGAACCCAAGCCGCUCUACCCUCUGGACAUCUUUGAGCAGGUGGUGGAGCUGUCCAGCACACGGAAACUAUCCAAGUAUUCAAACCCAGUGGCUGUCAUUAUCACACAGCUCACCAUAACAACCAAGGUGCAAGCCCUGCUGGAGGGCAUCUGCAAAAAUUUCACCAAGUGGAACAAACACAUGAUGGACACGAGAGACUUUCAGGUGUCUUUCACUUUUGGACCGUGUGACUACCACCAGGAAGUGACCCUCAGGGUUCACCUAAUGGACUACAUCAUGAAGCAGGGCUUCACCAUCCGGAACACUCGAGUGCAUCACAUGAGCGAGCGAGCCAAUGAGAAUACAGUGGAGCACCACUGGACAUUCUGCAGACCGGCUCGCAAAGUAGAAGACUGACUGUGCCACAGCUGUAGUCUAUGGAGUCACUUCCAUACAGUUUUCAUCAUCGUUGCUCUCAAACAUAUUGGCAACAUAUUAACAUUAUUAUGGUAUUGUUGAAAGAAAAAAAGAAAAGCUGGUUGGUCUGCUUGUAAUGAGAUUUCAUUGCCAUGAUGAUACGAAAUCACUGUGUAUAAGACAAUAUCCUAUAAUAGGUUCAUCCUUCACAAUGGAAGAGAGAAGGUGCAAAUAAAAAGUGAUAGAUUCAUGCCCUAAUACUAUAAACACACUUUGAUUGUGAAAAUAAAAUGAUGCAUAAUAAUCAACAGUUCUUCUGUAAAUAUAUGGAUACAUCUGUCUUAUCUGAAUGUUAACAUUGUUGUCUGUUUAGGCAUAAAUUGCAUAUGGUUAUGAUAUCUGCAUGGUGCAAUUGAGAAUCCAGGCAUUAUUGCAUGUUCAAUAUGAAGUAUUAUAUUUCAA